AUGGGACAUGGACAGUUGUACCUUUACCUCAUGACAAUUGAUGAUGAGAUACUAGUCCUUCUGGUGUAUGUUGAUGAUAUCAUUAUUUCCAGCUCCUCUUCCAAUGCUACUGAGCAAAUUAUAGAGUUCUUAAAGUCCAAAUUUAGGCUUAAAGAUCUUGGCAAAUUAAAGUAUUUCCUUGGUUUGGAAGUUGCCCAAUCUGAAGCUGGCAUCUCUAUUUGUCAACGUAAAUAUGCUUUUGAUUUGUUAGCAGAAUAUGGAGUUCUUGGUUGCAAGCCUAUCACUACACCUAUUGAUUACAAUCAUAGGUUAAAUAAAGCUACAGACACUGAUCAGUUGGCUAAUGCAACUAAUUACAGGCAGCUUGUUGGUAAGCUUCUAUAUUUGACCUUUUCUCGGCCCGACAUUUCUUAUGCUGUUCAUAUAUUAUCCCAAUAUAUGGAUAAACCCACUCAAAGUCAUUUACAUGCUGCUUUUCGAGUUCUCAAGUAUAUCAAAGGUGCUCCUAGGAAAGGCAUCUUACUUUCUUCUCGAUCUUCUUUACAAUUAAAAGCAAAUAGUGACAGUGAUUGGGGAGGGUGUCCUGAUACUAGGAGGUCUGUCACAGGUUUUUGUGUCUUCCUUGGUGAUUCUUUGAUAAGUUGGAAAUCCAAGAAACAAAUGGUUGUUGCUCGCAGCUCUACUGAGGCAAAGUACCGUGCAAUGGCAGCCACUACCUGUGAAGUAAUUUGGUUACUGUGUUUACUAAAAGAUUUGGGCAUUAAUCAUAUGCAAGCUGUUUCUUUGCAUUGUGAUAAUCAGUUUGCACUACAUCUUUGUAAGAACCCAAUUUUUCAUGAGCGAACCAAACACAUAGAAAUAGAUUGCCAUUUCAUAAGGGAGAAAGUUUUAUCAAGUAUCAUCUCUCCUACAUAUGUUCAUACCAAGUUGCAGUAG